AUGUCGUCGCGUUUGAGGAGAGUGUUGAAGAACUAUGAUACUGCCGGAAACACCGGUGAGCCGGUAUAUCUGGACAACGAUGCUCAGUCGCGCCUCAUUGCAGAACUGAAGAGCACACAGCCGUUUGGUAUGGGAGGCGAGUUAACUGAUUCGGGAAAGAUUAUUAUCAAGGCGUCAAAAGCGGCUCAGUUACUGUUCGUCCUGCUGAACUUGUUGCUUGUUACUGUUCCUGUUUACAGGAAGGGAGUCAAUGCCAUUUACAGUUCUGCCUCGUGUCUGUCUAUGCUAACAUCAGCAUUGAUGAUCCAAAUACACUUUUUGAACAGAUCGAGCGAGCAAAGUCUCGCAAGCAAAAUGGUGAAUGAGAGACUGAUGCCCGUUCUGGUUUCACAUGGUGUUGAUGACCGCAAGCUCACCAAAUUCAACUAUGUUCUUUCAACCUUCAUACUCGUUUCUAAGGCUAGGACUCUGUUUUCAGAGUUUGUGCCGUCCGAGUGUGUGUAUUUGUUGCCAUUUAUGUUUGUAUAUGGAAUUCACUCGACUGCAAAUGACAUUGAAAUAAUAGACAAGGGAAUCAAGAGUUUAGAGCGGGCUAGAUAUGACUAUAAGGAAGCCUGA